UCCGAUACUUGAAGCCAAGACUAUGAUCGCCACCCGCCGCGCCGUCACCCGCGCUGUUAGCAGCGCUACCAACCAACGUGCCAUGAGCACGCUUAAGACGCCGGAAGAGUACAUGGCAAGGGAAGACAAGUACGGGGCGCACAACUACCACCCGCUUCCAGUGGUCCUCAGCCGCGCCAAGGGUGUGCACGUGUGGGAUGUUGAAGGAAAGCAGUACUACGACUUCCUUAGCGCGUACUCUGCUGUGAACCAGGGACAUUCGCACCCCCGCAUCAUCAAUGCGCUUGUCGAACAAGCUUCCAAGCUGUCCCUGACGUCGCGCGCGUUUUAUAACGACGUGUUGGGUGAAUACGAAGAAUUCAUCACAAAGUUCUUCGGCUACGACCGCGUGUUGCCCAUGAACACUGGUGUGGAAGGCGGCGAGACAGCUAUCAAGCUGGCGCGUCGAUGGGCUUACGAAAACAAAGGCAUUGCCGAGAACAAGGCGCGCAUUCUGUUUUGCCAUGGCAACUUUUGGGGCCGCACCAUGAGCGCGAUCUCUGCAUCGGACGACGAAAACGCAUUUGGCAAGUUCGGUCCGUUCAUGCCUGGUUUCGACAAGGUGCCGUACGACGAUAUCGACGCCCUUCGCCAAAAGUUCGAAAGUGACAAGAACAUUGCCGCGUUCAUGGUCGAGCCGAUUCAGGGUGAAGCUGGUGUCGUCGUGCCCAAGGACGGGUACUUGCGCGAAGUUGCGGCGCUUUGCAAAAAGCACAACGUGCUGUUCAUCGCAGACGAAGUGCAAACGGGACUAGCGCGCACGGGAAAGAUGCUUUGCGUCGACUACGACGGCGUCAAGCCCGACAUCUUGAUUCUCGGCAAAGCGCUGUCGGGCGGCGUGUACCCCGUGUCGGCCGUCCUCACCUCGGAUGAGAUCAUGCUCAACAUUAAGCCCGGCCAGCACGGCUCGACGUACGGCGGAAACCCCUUGGGCAGCCGCGUCGCGAUUGAAGCAUUGAAGGUGCUCAAGGACGAAAAUCUUGCCGAAAACGCAUUUGCGCUGGGCCAGGCGUUCCGCACCGAAAUGAACAAAUACAUCUUGGACUCGCCCGUGUGCCUUGGUGUGCGUGGACGAGGGCUAUUGAAUGCUGUGAUCAUCAACGAACGUCCCGGGAAGCCGGACGCGUGGGACCUGUGCAUGCUCCUUCGCGACAAGGGUCUCCUGGCCAAGCCCACGCACGGCAACAUCAUCCGCUUGGCUCCACCGCUCUGCAUCACGAAGGACCAAAUGGACGAUUGCGUGUCGAUCCUCAAGGACGGCUUGAAGGCCAUUGAGUAAAUGCAUGGCUCUGACCAUUGGGAAUAAUCCGAGACUAGACUACUUGCAUGCGAUUCCUUCGAGUUAAAAGACUGCAGCCCUCGUCC